CCUCAGGAUGUGGCUGCUCAAAGGCAGUAGCAGGGGCUUCCUGCAUCGGGAAGUGAUCAAAAAAUCAGACAAGCCCCUCAGGCAGACAGGGACGUACCGUACAGCCUCACUCACUCACUCACUCACACUGUUCCCCGCACUUCGAACCGAAGGCCAAUAUAGGGAACUUUUGGAUGAAUGCAAAAGCUAGCACAGCAGCAGGAGGCCUGUGACUGCAGCAGCUGGGUCUGGACUACAGUGCAGUGGAAAAAACGCUCUAGGUUCAGAGCUUCAAAUGUCUUUCAUAUGUCAAAGGCAAAUACAUCAUGUUUCUGAACCUGACGAAUGGGAGCUGCCAUCUUCCCCUGGAGACAGAUCGAGUUGGUCUAACCUACAUCUACAGCCUGGCCUUUUCUCUGGGUCUCCCAGCCAAUCUGCUGUCUCUUUGGGGAUUGUACCAACUGGGUCGCUCUGGUGGGGGUGGAUGCCAGCUGGUUUACAUUCUGAACCUGCUUCUGUCAGAUCUUCUCCAACUGCUGACCUUGCCUUUGUGGAUCCUCUACCUACAGGGGGAACACCACUGGCCCUACGGCUCCAACGCCUGCCAGCUGGUGGGAUACGUCUUCUAUGUGAACAUCUACUCGAGUGUCAUCUUCCUGUGUCUCAUUGCCCUGGACCGGUGUCUGGCCAUUGUGCACCCACUCAGCAGCCGCUGUGUGAGGAAAGUACGUCUGGCUGCGUUUUCUGGAGUGGUAGUGUGGACUGUCAUAUUCCUCUUCUGUCUAAUCGGCCUCUACCCAUCUGUGUUUGAGCCUCAGAGGGGUUUGUGUCUGGAGCAGUAUCCCGUCAGCCACAGAUAUGCCUACUUUAAGAUAGCCACAGUGGCCCUAGGCUUUCUGAUGCCCUGCACUAUACUGGGCUACACCUCUGCCAAAAUUGGGGUUACGCUCCGCAACUCUCCUUCAGUCUCAGACCACGAGUGCCUCAGAAUCGUGGGCACCCUCACAGUCAUCACCAUCAACUUCAUCGUCAUCUUUGGCCCCUAUCACAUGGUAGGCGGCUAUAGAUUCAUAGCGCUUCUUCUCACCGAAGACCAGUGCACUCUGGAGCGCUCCAUCUACCUGUGCUACAGGAUCUGCUACGGGCUAACCAGCCUAAACACCCUGCUGAACCCUCUCUUCUACAUCUUCCUCUGCCACAAUGCCCGCCUCGAACUCCAGAGGUCUCUACCCUGCCUGAGCAGAAGUUCUAGCACCCACCCAGGGCUGAGGAUCAUGACCUUUGACCCUAAAGAUCAGCUCAACCGCAGCGCAGAUGUGUAGUCAUCACGUGCAGAUGUCAAUCAGCAAUGGUUUCUCUUGUGGAAUGUGUGCCGGAAACCAGCAGGGUUUCAUGAGAUGACGCUUAAAUGGCUUAUCGUGUAUCUGUGACGAAUUACCUGUCAGGGCCCAGAUCACAUCCGACUGUUCAUUGGGGCUGCUGGUAUGACACACACAGUGACACACACGGGCUACGUGAGCUCUGUCGCCCAGCCGUUUCUAAGUGCCGACAGCAUCUUCAGCCAAGCAUUACAGUUAGCAUACAGGCGGUCUGGACAGAGUGUACUACAGCUGAUUACAAACACUCAUCAAAUACUUCACAUUUUAGCAAAGCUCAAUUAUAUAAAUGUACUGCACUCUGUGUCUUCAAGGGGAAUUCCUCCAAUUCAAUUGGCAAGAUAAACAAAAUCGUUCACAGUGAAGUUGAUGUGAAAUGGAGCAUGGUAGAGAAGCUCACAAACUAAGAUUUCUUUUACACUGUAGGUAAUAGAAGCCAGAAGUCACAAAGUCUUACUAGGGGUGACAAUUAAUACUAUUGUUUUAGGUCUGAAACUGAUACCAAUACUGCAGCUUUGAGUAUCAAUCAGAUACCAUUUCCAUUGCUUUCCCUCUCUUAAACAAAGCUGAUCAUAAUGAAUUUGUCUAAAUGCAUUUUGUUUAGCACAGACAUCUACAUAACAUCAUGCUCAAACAAAUAAUAAUGUAUUUCAGGCAGUAUGUAUUAUAUAAUACUAACUGUGUAUAUUGAGUAUAUUGAGUUUUCAUAUGCAUUUGUGGAAAUGGUCAAGUAGCUGUAAGUGGAUUUGAAGUCAAAAAUCUAACGGCAGUUAUUCUACAAAAAAAAAAAACAUUCUACUUCAGAGCUGUUAGAGGCAUUGAACGCUCUGAAUGUCAGCUUUGCAUCCCAAAUUUGCAGAAAAAAUGUGUACCAACCUAGGUUUCUCUAAAAUGGAGCAUUUCAAAUCAAACCUUGAUUUGAAUGACUUUGUUUACAUUAUAUUUAGCAGAAAUAUAGUGUAUGUAGAAAAAUGCUGGAAUUCUUUUAAAAGCUUGCUUUAUUGCUAGGAACAAAAUGUUCUACGUCUUUAGGAAUUUACAGAGGGCGGAAGACAAAUUAUUUUCCAUUAAUGAUAAAAAGCUGUGUGACUAUUUUUAUAUUGAGUUACUUUAAAUUGAGUUACUGAGUUACUUUUACAAAUGAAAUUCUAGUAUCAUUUGUAGUUUUAAAUAUUUAUUAAUUUUGCAUGUUAUUUAUAUCAGUCAUCGCAAUGCCCUGCCAAGACUUCAGGUCCAGUUUUGCUGUUUGCACUUAAUUAGUAGUUUUAGCAAUUUUGUAAUACAGAAAUAUGCAUCUUAGAUCGAUCAGUAUGAAAACAUAUUGCAGAUUAUUUUUCCUUUUACUUACAAGGAGUAAACUGAAGAAAGCUCUUUACUUGAGUAAAUUUUCCCUGUAGUAAAAUAUCUGUCCAGUACUAUUUCCACCACUGGCCUCAGGUUAUCAUCUGUAACUAGUAUUGUCUUUAAAAUGCUUUGAGGUUUGAGGGUUUUUAGAUAGAUACGCCUGAAAUUAUAGCUCAGUCAAAACUUUUUGUCAAUGUCUUCCAUACCUAUUAAACUGCACUUAACCGAUUAUGGUCUUAAAACGUACUCUAGUAAAUGUGUCACCAGACCACCUAGAGGACAACUUAUGUUACAUAUGGACAUAAAGCCAUAGUAUAAAGAGGUAUUUUCAUUAUCAUUACUGGUUCUUGGGGGCUAAUGGGAAUAUUAUUUAUUUACACUUUAAUGAAAUGCUAUUAAAAACCAAUAAAGGAAGUUAACAUUUAGUUUGUGAAGCUGCUUCAGCACUUUCUAAUGUUCUUAUACUCUCCAAUCCGGAGCUGAGAGAAACUGACGAGUAUCAGUUUGGUAUAAUUGAGUGAGUGUAUUGGCUUGUGAUUACAGGUAAAAGGGUCUGAGAGAAAGGAAUAUAAAUCAAUUUUAUUAUUUAAAAAACUAAUGAAAUAAACUAAAAUGAAAAGCAAAUAUAUUUGGAUUAGUUUUUAUUUGUGUAAAACUGUUAUUUUUCUCAUGGUUGAGAUAUUUACUGUAUGAAAACAUCACAAAGCUUCUACGAGUUCUCUUCACACAAAGAGACAUACUGUGUACUUUGUACCUACUUCUCUCCUUUAGUUUAACAUUGCCAUAUUUUACACUGGUAAGCAGUAGCCCAAAACUAUAGCAGAUCUACCAUCAUACUUCAUAGUUGGCAAGGUCUUCUUUUCAUUAAAGACAGUUCCAAAAGCAACUUUGUGGCUUUGUGAUUGUGGCUGAUUUUUCUAUUUAAACUUCAUCAUUCAACAAAUGCCUUUUGUAAAUAUUAUGUAGAUUCAGAUAUUGACUUUUUUUAAUUAGAUUACAGUUAAUGUAGUUUUUUAGGACUUCACCAUACAGAUUACACACUUGUUCUUGAUCUUUUAUUUUAUCUUGACCUCCUAAACUGCUAAAAAAAAAGAUCUGUCUUCUUAUAGCCUUUCUCUCUCUUGUGGGCAUUUCGCUUUCAGAUCUUUGGACACUUUUGCUAUGUCCCACUGAAGCUAAAGAACACUGCACUAACCAGCAGGACAUGCAUGUGUGGCCUACUGCAUUCAAUAUGGAGUUGCUUGUCUAGCAGAUACUGCCGGUUACUGCACUGCACUGUUCAUUAUGUGUGGUAAUGGCUUAUGUGACGUACUCCCAGUGCACAUAUGAUACAUACUGGUGAUCAAGGAAUCAUAAAUGUCUAUCUUAAACUCUUAUAGCUGAUGCCAUCUUGCUAUGAGCAUGCUGGCCAAUGUUCAACCUCAAUUACAAGAUAACACCUCACAGUUUUUGAAGGUGUGAGUGUUCCCAAACGUCCUCUGAGGUAACACUUCAAUUAGUAAUUUGCAUAUGCUAUCUCGUGACUUUUGGCAUGUCAGUGUUAAAUGUCUUUCGGCUAAAGGUCCCCAUAUGUUCGCACAGGACGACAUUUAAAUGACUACUGCUCUGACACAAAUUGUAAUUUCGCAUUUUGAUUUGCAGUGUAAUCCAAGAUUUGUUAUCCAAGGUUGUCUUCUUAAAAUUUUCCAUUUUACUCUUUUGGUUAUUGGACUUACUGAAAAACAUCACUUCAUGAUAAAUCACUGAUUUUCAGAUUAGCCUAUAAAAACCCACACCUAGACAUCUGUAGACUGUAAUUUUUGAAGGAACGACACAGCAAGGGCUAUAUUGCCCUCUGCUGGAAAAAAAUAUAACACCAAAAAACCAGGUUGACACAGCUGGCAGUGAAAAGAACCCUGUAAAAACACUCAGUAGCUUUCUUUUGUUUUUGUUAUUUCAGGCAGAGAACACAACUGACAUCUGGCUGUGUUUCCCAGCACCUGUUUUACCCUGUGAGCUUUUCACAGACGCUUGAAAUACUGAAACACACUGAAAACCCUACUAACCAUAGCCAACACAACAUAUCUAACCUUCUACAGGUCUUCUUUAGCAAACCUUUCAAACAUGCGUUGAUUCAGCUCAUAGUCGCAUUCACACGUCAUUACAUGUGUGCCACAUAAAACUGUCAUAGUAUCUGGACCAGAUGACCUCUAACCUGACCUCUUAACUCUGCCGUCUUCAGCUGUUCCGAGUAGCCUGCUUCAUUUUACCACUUAGCCUCUUCACAUAUGUCCCCUCCUCACUCAUCUACUGAUAUUCUUACUCCAUUAAUGUCCCCAUAAUAUAUUUAUUAUGAUAAGGAAAUAAAUUAAAGGAUUUUAUGUUAUAAGUUGUACAUUCCAUCUAUUGUUUUUGUAUGGAAAAUUAUUAAUCCACUGUGGUCAAAUGAUUAGAUGUAAUAUGAAGAAUUAAAAGUUAGAAAAAAAAUAGCCAUCUUAGCCAUAUGAAUGCAAACUUAUGUGAGCCAAAAGAAACAAAACAUAUAUAAGAUAUGCCAUAACAUCUCUAUGCUUCUCACUCUG